CGACAACGGCCCGCAAAGUAAGGUGAUGAUGAUCACAGGUGGAGGUUUGGACUUUGGAAUUCCUACUUCUAGAACAGACUGAGCAGAUAGCCGAGUAUCGAGACUCGAACGAUGCAUUGAUUUCAUCGACGACAUCAUCACCCGUUCUGUCGGGUCUAAAGGAGACAUGGCCUCAUCUCGGGCCUAUGUCGAGGUAUCAUUUAGGUUGGUAACAGACAAAAAGCUGGAAAUGCGAACAACCCUCGUUGGGCCUUGAUGAGGCUUCCACGCUGCGCGGGAUGACUGUUCAAAUCCCUACGGCAACACACCCGAUUGUUCGUGAACACGGGCAGCCAUGGAUGCACUUCCCCUGAGUGAAGGUGCAUCGCCACUUUAACGCCGUCAACCACAUGUUUGGUUCGCCGGACAACGCUGUUGUAUCUCCAUUUUCAGACCACUCAUACCAGGCGCCGCCACGUUAACGGUUCUUGAACAGCUCUGAUUGCUCAUGAACAGAGUCGUACUUUACCCUGAACAGUGGCCUUGAGUGGAUACCAACAACCCUACAACAUGUUGACAACGACUGGAUAUCGACGGUCGCCAUCCAGGUCGUCCAUACCACAUGUCGCUUAGCCGACUUUAUCAGGACAUCGAGCUGAUCUGUUCCUGUCUCUCCAACUCUUCCCAAUACCACAUCCAGCACAGCUCGAGCUCUUCAGCCCAAGACUUGCUUCCUUUGCUUUCAUCAUCAACAUCCAACAACAACAACAACAUCAUCAUCAAGCAUCAUCAUAUCGAACAUCGCUAUCGCCCAUCAUGGCAACCGAUGUCCAACAUCACCAUCCCGCGCCGACGCCUGAGUCAGCAAGAGGCCACCAAUCGGUUCCCUCCAACUCGACCGCCACAACUGUAAUCGGCUCUUUUGUCCCCUUCAAGCUUGAGGGCAAUGACACGACAACGCCACCCAGUGCCGUUGACACCGACACGGACGAUGCCAAUCUUCCCGAACCUAGACAACUCCUCGAGAGAAUCCCGACUGUUCUCCAGCCUAGCAUUCCGUGGAGGAAGAGGCUGAUGCACUUUACCUUUGCCUGGUACACCGUCACACUUUCCACCAGCGGUGUCUCUCUGGUCCUGGCCAUUACCCCCCACCGUUUCCGCGGUCUCUCCACCAUCGGCCUUGUCAUCUUUCUCCUGGACUUGCUCUUCUUCUUGGUGAUCACCACCUCCAUCACCCUCCGCUUCGUUCUCUACAAGUCCACCUUCCGGCGCGCCUUCACCCGGCCCCACGAAGCCCUCUUCGUGCCGACCUUCUUUCUUUCCAUCGCCGCCAUCCUCUGCAACGUAGCCGAGUACGCCCGCAUCUUUCUUUUCAACGGCGACAUUUCCUACGGCGUCCCCUCCGACGGCAACGACAACGAUGACCCCCGCGCCUCACUCACUUCCUUCGCCACCUUUCUCUGCGUCGCCUUUUGGUUUUUCUCCGGUCUCACCUUCCUCGCCUCCGUCAUCCAAUACCACCUCCUCUUCACCGUCAAGGCCGAGCGUCGCCUGUCUCUCACCACCAUCACGCCCGCCUGGGUCCUGCCCAUCUUCCCCGUCAUGCUGAUAGGAACGCUUGCCGGUUCGUUUUCCAGGACCCAAGCCCCCUCGUCAGCCAUCAGCAUGAUCUGCGCUGGUCUAGCGGCACAGGGUUUGGGUUUACUCGUCAGCUUCUUCUUCUUCAGUUCGUACUUGUCCCGCCUCAUGGCCUUUGGUCUACCCGCCCAGCGCGCAGGCAUGUUCAUUGCCGUGGGCCCGCCUAGCUUCACGGGUGCGGCGGUCAUCAGCAUGGCGAGCGACAUCCCCAGGGUAUUUGCGCAGCUGGAUCCCGCGCGCGUCGCUGUCCUUAUUGGCGGCAUGGGACCCGAGAGCAUGGAGACGUCGUUGGCGGCGGCGGGAUGCAAGCUGGGCGCCAUCUGGCUGGGUGUCUUUCUCUGGGGAUUGGGGUUCUGGUUCUUUAUCAGUGCCGUGGCGGGCUGUGUCGCAGGCAUGCAGGACAAGCGGUUCCAUUUGAGUUGGUGGAGUCUUGUGUUUCCGAAUGUCGGGUUCACGAUUGCGAGUAUCAAGAUUGGGGCUGGCUUGGGCAGUGAGGGGGUGCUGUGGAUGGGAAGCGGGAUGACGGUUGCCUUGGUUCUGGCGUGGGCGUUUAUAGGGUAUCGCUGCGUCAGGGCGGUGGUGAAGAGGGAGAUUGUCUGGCCGGGACAUGAUGAGGAUUCUUGAUUCAUAUGAAUCUGUGAAUCUGUUUAGAAAGUGGAAGAGAAGGACAUGGAGCUGGAUUUUGAGGGGGGGAUCUGGCUGGUUACGACUUACGAUUGACGACACGGGUUAUCAAUGAUUCACGACAUUGGUUGGGAUUGGGGAACUAGUACCGGCAUGGCACACGGAGUUCAAGGGGGCGUUUUCGGCUUCAUGAAAGACUUGGGUUUAGAGGACUCGGUUUUAGAUACCGCAUGCAUGUAAAAGACGGACAGACAAAAGGGUUCAGGUUGAGACAUGGGACUGACUUGAGGUUUGGGAGAUGUAAGGGUAUGAGUGGAACAAUAGUAUUUGAUGGAAAAACGGGGUAGUCUAAAUGUACGAUUCACGGUAAUGGAAAUGGUUCAUGUCAUAGCUUGCAAUGGGAAGGAGUACAGAUAAAGGAUACCACUUUCGUCAUGAGUUUUGCUAGCAAGAGUAGACUAAAUGGAAUUGUGGAUCCUAACGUGUGGCAUUGGC